UUCCGUUUUGUCGCUAAAUCAAAAAUCCUCUGAAAACAGCGAAAUUUGUGCCGUUUUUUUUCCUUUCCUGCCUUCUUCCCUCUGCUUCCUUCUUCUUCUUCUUCCUUCGUUCAUCAGACCCAAUGAAUCAGAGAGAUUCCUGAUCAAUUUAGGGCUUUGUCUGUUCAAUUCCAUUUUGGUAUAACUCCAGGUUUUUUCCAGAACCGAUCAGUGAUUUAGAGUUAGUUGCAUUUUCCCCCAAGGAAAGAGAGAGAAAGUGACUGUGGAGGUUUUAGGGAGAGAGAGAGAGAGAGAAAUGGAGAUGGAUGAAGAUAUGGAAAUAGAGCCAAUGGUGUUUCAGGCUAGAGAGAUCGAUCUGGAGUACGAGUUUGAUGCGGCUCGUUGGUACGAUUUCACUCGAGAGGAGUUACCGGCUGAGUCUCAACACGCUGAGUUCUGGUUUCAUUCUGCUCCGUCUUACGCUCCUUCUCCUUUUGUAACGAAGCUGUUACUUAGAGAGGAGGUUUAUGAUGAUAAGACUGAGGCAUCUACGAGAUCAGAGGAUGAAGAAGUCGCAGCAGAUGUUUGUGAUAAGGAUAAAAGAAUCUUUCAGCAACGAAAUCAUUUAGCCACAGAUUUGAAUAAGACAGGAAGUAGAAUGCGUUCUGGGAUUUUUUCUUCCCAGCAAGGUAGUAAUUUGAAGAAAGUUCCAAUUCACCCCAUUUGCAAAGGGCCGACGGUUAGCAAUCACAAACACACUGAUAAACCUAAAUUCCGAGCCAAGUCCAGCGUCAGAUCAACUCCAAGGACCUCUACUUUAAUGAGACCUACUGCUAGCCAGUUAGCAAAACAAAAUAAUGCCAGUAAAUUCCAUAUGCAAGUAGAUCAAAUUCAUGAUAAAGGCAAUUGUGGGACAUCUGGGACCGAAGUUCAAGCAUCUAAAAGACAGAAGCUUGAUGGAGGUCUUCUUCGUAAGGUUGCUGAUACAAAGCAGGAAAUGAAUUUUGUCCACAAGAUACCAAAGAAGGAUACAACUCUUGAUAGAAACGCACAACAAGCCAAGGCAAAGAUUACUAUCCCACAUGAGCCUGAUUUUGCUACAUCACAGAGGGCUCAGAGGAUACGACACAAGAAUGAUGCGAAAUUAGAACAGGAGUCAACAACUGUAUAUAGAUUCAAAGCACGCCCAUUUAACCGAAAGAUAUUUGAUGCUCCCUCAUUACCUAUCUGGAAAAAGAGCACUCCGAAACUACCAGAAUUCCAAGAAUUCCAUUUGAAGACUUCAGAAAGGGCUAUGCAACAUUCAUCAGCAGUUACAACAAGGUCUCAUCAUGGAAAUGAUGCGUAUAAGGUGUUAGACAAAUCUAAUAUUAGUGAUGUGCUUGACGGUGCUCAUAGGGAAAGUAGGAGACCAACCGCAAUGGAUACACCCAAGCAUGAUGUCUCAGAAGGAAACCAUGUUUUUAAAGCUCGCCCAUUGAACAAGAAGAUACUUUCAAGCAGAGGAGACAUGGGGAUUUUUAAAAAUAGCAAGCGGGAAACAACAGUACCUUUGGAGUUUAGCUUUCAGUCAGAAAAGAGAGUUCAGCCAGAUUUACCAACAGACCUUUUCAGCAAGCUCUCCAUCAAAUCCGAGCUCCAGCCAAACAAUGAAUCUCGCACAAGAUUAUUUCAACCAAAGGUCUCAAAGGAAAAUAGAAUGAACCUUUUCCAAGCUAGGAAUGAGGUCACAAGAAUGACACCAGGAAACCCAGUCUUUUCAGCUGGACAACAGAUACAAUUUAGUAAUAGUGGAAUAAUUCCCGAAACAAACCAGCAAUGGACUGCCAGGAGGAGCUUAGGCAUCCGCUGAUGGUACAGAAGACGCGUUUGUAAAAUCUGGAAUCGUCUCCUUAUAUGUAAAUUCACAUAUGUUCUCUUAUCAGUCUGAUCUUGUGGUAUAACUCCUCCAACGCAAUGCUAACAUUUUGAAAUCCAAAGAAGUAGACCAAUUUGUCUUGAAGACCAAGGAGAAAGUGAAGCAAUCUGUAUUCUUCAGUUUCUCCUAAUAAGAGCUUGCAUAGCCCUCUCUCUUUGCUUUGUUGGCAUCUGUUUUUUACAUUUAGUAGCAUAAAACAGAAGAAACAAAAAAUGUAAAUCACAAAAUACUUUCAAGUUCUUAAUACAACAUGUGAUUCAUAGAUCUAGAUA